AAUCUAAAUCUAAUAAUCGUUUCUUUUUUGUUUCAGAGAAUGAUUUUCACAUCAGAGUUAUCAACUGCCAUGCCAUUCAGAUGCUAGUAUUUCGAAUUCAUUGCUUGAUCACUUCUAAUGAAAUAGAAAACGACGUCGUUUCUUCAACGUGUCUUUUCAACAAUGGCUAGAUUUCCGUCAUUUCUAUAAAAUUGAUCAUGUACUAGAAUGUGAGAUUCUAGUGAAAAAAAUGUGAGAUUCUAGUGAGUGAAAAAAAUAGUGUUGCAGAAAAACUAUGUCUGAGAAAUCAAGUCCGAAGUGUAAUUCAUAAAGUCGACAAAUUGAACAAAAUGAUCUCCGAUGAAAUUAAGCUCUCCCGACUAAACUUAAGAAAAAUGAAUUCCGAUCUUCUUCAGAGAAAUUCCAUUUCUCUCCAGCACAAUUCAAAUGUAAAACAAAAUGUAACUAAUAUGCAGUGGAUGGAAAAUAAAGAAAAUGUUUCGUUUAUAAGAGGAAAUGUGACACCGAGUUACUUUAUUGGUGUGAAGGGUCUGAAACAGACCAGGAAUAUGCGCCCUAAGUGGUCUAUUGUUUGGACUUGGACGGUCUGGUGUCUGCUGCUGCUGCCGUAUCUAUGCUACGCUCAGGAGACUGCGCCAGAAGUCGCACCGCGCACUGAAGACAAAGAGCACUGGUAUCGUCAGGCCCAGGAGCAGCUUGAUCAGGUGCUGCAGGAGCGGUUGAAUGCAAUCAAAGGCCCCGCCAAGAACGUGAUUCUCUUCGUGGGUGACGGCAUGGGCAUGUCCACCAUCACUGCAGGACGCAUCCUUAAGGGACAGAAACUGGGAUUUACGGGUGAAGAACAUCAGCUGACCUUCGAGAAAUUCCCACACAUUGCUUUGGCCAAGGUNAGCUGGGACAUUGAAUACAAAGAGCACUGGUAUCGUCAGGCCCAAGAGCAGCUUGAUCAGGUGCUGCAGGAGCGGUUGAAUGCAAUCAAAGGCCCCGCCAAGAACGUGAUUCUCUUCGUGGGUGACGGCAUGGGCAUGUCCACCAUCACUGCAGGACGCAUCCUUAAGGGACAGAAACUGGGAUUUACGGGUGAAGAACAUCAGCUGACCUUCGAGAAAUUCCCACACAUUGCUUUGGCCAAGACAUACACGACGGACUCCCAGAUCGGCGACAGUACAGGGUGCGCCACGGCACUAAUGUGUGGUGUGAAGGCUAACGUUAACACCGUCGGUGUGGACCACCGCGUCAAGUUUGAAGAGUGCCUCGACUCCUUCAACGCGCAGGUCCCUUCGCUCAUUGACUGGGCACAAAAACACGGCAAAAGCACCGGCAUCGUCACCAACACAAGACUGACACACGGGACGCCAUCUGCCCUGUACGCUCAUUCAGCCAGCAGAUACUGGGAAGACGACUCUAGGAUGGGGAUGCGUUCCAAGGCUGUGUGUAAAGAUAUUGCGAGACAACUCAUCGAGGACCUGCCUGGCAGAAACAUUAACGUGUUGCUAGGAGGUGGCAGACGCCAUCUCCUGCCGGAGUCUGAGGCAGACAAGGAAGAGCGAGACCAGAGAGGCAGGCGAUCAGAUGGCCGCCAUCUGAUAGACGAGUGGGUGCACGACAAGAAGCAACGGAGCCUUCACGCUGAAUACGUCUGGAACAAAGGGCAGUUCGAUCAGAUCGACCCCAGGAGGACGAAUUACUUGCUAGGCAUUUUCGGCUACUCUCACUUGGACUUUGAAGUGGACCGCAACAAAGGGGCCGGCGGUGAUCCUUCUAUUGCUGAGAUGACCAUAAAAGCAAUCCAAAUCCUUCAGAAAAAUAGCAAAGGAUUUUUCCUCAUGGUUGAAGGCGGGCGCAUCGACCACGCGCAUCACCACAACAACGCUAGGCGCGCCCUGGAGGAGGUGGUCGCUCUGGACGACGCCGUGGCUGCGGCGCUGCAGUUCACCAGCGCCGCCGACACGCUGCUAGUUGUCACCGCUGAUCACAGCCACGUCAUGACGUUUGGUGGUGACAACACACCUCGCGGGACUCCUAUUACUGGUUUUGACGCGAGUGUAUCAGACUUGGAUUACAAGCCGUACACGACGCUUCUGUACGGCAAUGGACCCGGAUAUGCUCAUGCUACACCGUCUGGCCGUCAUAAUAUCACGGCUAUAAAUCCACAGGACGUCAAUUUCGUACAGCAGGCGGCCGUACCUAGGAAGUAUGAGACCCACAGCGGAGAAGACGUGCCAGUGUACGCGACAGGCCCCGGCAGUUACCUGUUCUCAGGGACAGUGGAGCAAAGCUACAUUCCUCACGCUAUCGCUUACGCCAGCUGCAUCUCGGACGACACUUCGCACUGUGAAAAACCGCCCAGCGACGACGCGUCCGCAGCCAAAAGCCCGCACACAAACAUGGUCCCGAAUUUCCCUCACGUUGCGCCAAGUUACCCUAACUUGGCACCGAACAUUUAUCACCCUGGUCGCUAUCCCCACGCUCAUGAAUCGCCUGCGACUUUUCCUGUGGAGGAAAGAAAGUAUUAUGAUUCCCACGUGAACCACCAGUACGGACCAGGGCAAGGACCUGAUCCAAACUCUGGUAGAACUAAUGGUUUCAACAGAGAAUUUGGGUUCUGGAACGCAGCCGAGAGCCUCCGACCUCGUUCCUUGUUGUUGUCGGCAGUCUUUCUCUCGUUAAUUUUACGUUGAGAAUUUUGUGCGGCUGUUUAGUAGUGUACAUAUUUAUUUUAAUUAUUUCAUUUCAGUUCCAAGAGUUUGAGAAGAGAAACUAGCCAACUAAUAAAAUCUUCAAGUCCCUCGUCAUAGUUUUAGCUGAAUUUCGUGUGCCGGGUAGGUUAGUUAUUGACAAGAAUUUGUUGGAGUUUGAACGGUCGUUAUUGUUGGGAUAGCAUAUGAAAGUAUAAGGAGGGUGAUCACUCUAUUGGAUCAUAAUUAUUUUUGUAUUAAUUACCCAUAAAAAUAAAAAUGUACAGUUACUAAUUGAAUAAAUAUAAUGUUAUAGUUUGAAUUUUAUAGCUUGCUGCGUUCUAUUGAAAUAACAACUUCGUACGAUAUUUGGUUAAUUAUUAACUUUUAGGACAAUGACUUAAUAUAAUGCGCCAGGCUACAAGCGUAGCAUACGAUUUUUGGUUGUUAACCAGAUUGUGAUGAGGAGCUCAAUUUUUAGGGAUAUCUGGUAAUUAUUCAGUUCAAUUUCCAAUUGUUGUGCAUUAUUCAUAGUUGCAGCAAUCACAUUCAAUUAAAUAAUUCGUCUUUUCUUAUGAUGAUUGAAACAGAAGUUGAAUCUAUCGCGUACGGAAUGUUACCUAUAGCUUGUGGAAUAAAUGUUUAUAUAUACAUUGUAUAUUUUUCAAAUAAAAUCGAAUAAUUAAGAUGACUAUCGUAGAGUCAAUAUAUUACAAAUUUUUGGUUCUCUAUGGAAGAAUAAAUUUCUUUUAAAUAUUUUGCUAGCCCGUUAGGUCCUGAAUAAAUCUAAUACCGAUUAGUGUUUGCGAGCAUUUCUAUUUUAUAAUAAUAAGAUAUAAUAUUGCAAGAUAUUAUUUAAUUCAUUUCAUUAAGCUUAAAUCGACUAAUUGUUCAACCCUGCUUGGUUCUUCAGUUCAAUUGUCACUCUAAUAAUAGAAUAUUUAUUAUUGCGCUUGAUUGAACAAGGAUAAGCAAGGAGUGGCAUACAUUUCCUCUUUAUGAUAUAUUUAGCUGUACCAAACACACGAGACUGCAUUCAUGGCAUAAUUAAUGUCCUUCUUUCGUGGUACACGCAUCUCUCAAGGAACAAAUAACUUUGUUGUCAUGCCAUAAACGAUAAUAAAAUGUGUGAAUAUUUAUUUUGUCUGAUCAUGCUACGUAUAGAACUUUUUGUGAUUGGUUGAUGAUUGCCGCCCAGAGUUACUCACUCAAUUUAAUGAAGGAUAAUAUCCAUGAGGUCGUAAAGUCGUAAAAUCGACGGAGUUUAGCUCGCCAUUUGUCGUAACGUAAACCCAGGUUACCAUCCACUGGCCGCACUGCCAAAAAUAGUUGAAAGUUUUUAAUGCUUUCAUUAAAUCGCUGAAGAAUUUUCAAGCUAAACCCAAUAAUCACUGACGAUAUAUCGGCCGUUACGUGUACUACCGCCGCUACGUGUACUUAGGACACUGCGUGUACUCGAUCAGGCGGCUACGUGUACUCAGACCGCCACAUGUACAUAUAGGACGCUAAAUGUACAAUUUAUGAUAAUUGGCCCCUGGGAAUAGAGCGCCGCUGUGUGUGCCGCUGUGUGUUCAUGUGUUCCUACUUAAGUUGUAUAAUUUGAGAACUUUAGUGUCUCGUACUUUCUCAGGACUAAUUUAGAUUUUAGUUUUAGUUCAUAUUGAAUUGUUAUCAAUAGAAGAAAGGAUGAACACUGCAAAAUGUUUUCAUAAUUUCUGAAGUGAGGUUUAGAAAUCCUUAAAACUUUUUUUAUCUUCAUGUCACUUAAUUGUUAAUAAUUUAUUCGAAAUCUCACCCAUGCUUGAAUCUUCAGUUCAAGAUCAGCUUUAGAUGUUCCAAAUUUAAGUAAUUCACUAAAUUUUUGGUUUCAAAAUUGAAGAUUCUGGUUUAAGGGUAUUUAUUCCAAGUAUUAAUACCUGGUAACUUAUUUAGUCUUGCAGUUUAGUACUGGUUUAUGUGAACUCUUUGAAUUAGAAUGAAAUAAUCGAGAAAUUAAGUUGUCAAUGAAUUUGUUAAAUAAUUUUUGUGGAAAAUCCUGUCCAUGUCAGUAAUGUGGUGCGAUGGAAACCUUCCUUAUAAAUAUCAACCGAAUAUAUUGUGAGUUUAAAUGAGCCCUGCAAACUAUACUUUCUUAAACUUUUCGCAGUCAACAUUAAGCUCAGGAGAGGAAAGUUCCCAUGCUUACAGUCUUUGGAAGUUGAUGUGAUGCCUAAGGCCUCUUUUAAAUGCGAAAUUAAAAAUUUUUACAAGGUAGCUAAUUAAUAACACGAUAUGUUGCCUCAAUUUUAAUUUGAACACAAUUGGCGAUUUUCAUUUAUUAUAUUCGGACCACUAUAGAUAUUGACAACUAUCAUCUAUUACAAAAUCUUUGUUGGUAUCCUAUUCGUGUUAGGCGAUCUGUUAAGAUUUCUACGCUGUUACAGUCAUCGAAUUUGCUGUUGUGCGUAAGAAUUGCAAUAAAACAAGAUUGGA